GGUGCUGAUACAGCUAAUUAGGCGAUGAGCUCUGGGAGGAGCCGCUGACCCACGCUCUCCGAUAGAAACAUCGGCUCAUCCACUCCCCGAUUGGUAAGCAGUGAAAAACGCGUGAACGAACGGGAAGCGCUUCCUUCAGUGUGUGUGUGUGUGUGGUGGCAUGUGUGCAGCUAUGAUGCGUCGGCGGGCGAUUUGAGCUCGACGGAGGGGCGGACCACCGUCAUUACACAGGGUGCGCACACACACAGAGUGGCACGUGCAUCUCCCCUUUGUCCUCCUCUUGUCAGGCGUGGUCGCGCGGCGCCAUGAGAUCAGCCUCAUCGGAUGCUGCUUCUCAGGCCUCGCCGGAGGUGAAAUCAAGCCCAGCCCUCACUCGACCAUUCAUUCAUUCGUUCAUUUAUUCGUCUCAUCAGUUGAUGUACUGCCGUAGCCCUCGUUACCGGGAGGGCACUCGUGUGCUCAUGGUGUCGGCCAAGCGGGAGAAGGGCAGACAGCAGUGGGUCAAGGCGGAUGUGUAUCGCAUCAGGGAGACCAGUGGGGCGAUGGGACUGCGGAUGCGGGAAGUCGGCGGCCUCCAUGAGGAGUUUUACAUGGUGGUCAUUAAGGAGAGCAAGACAUCACCACAUGCCCAACAGGUGGGUGCUUCCACCACAACGACAAACGUAUGGAUGGGUCGAGCAACUCUCUGCGUGUGUACGUGUGUGUAUGUGGGCUGGGCUGGGCUGUGUGUGCAGGAGUAUGAGGGAUUCCGGUGGGUUGGCAAGAAACCGGUGCAUCAGGAUCACGGCAGCACGGUACACACAACCACACAUCAGACACGAAUACCACACCUCUCAUGCCGCCUGAUCUCCCUUUGUUGCUGUGCAGGAGUGCUAUGAGGUGACGAUACGCAGGAGCUGGAAGGCCAAGGAGAGCGACGGGCAGCAGAUCUCUCUGUCCAAGGGCACCAGGGUGCGCAUCCGCGAGCGCCACAGCUCGGGAUGGACCCUGGGUCAGGUCGUCAAGCCAGACGACACUGUCGACGACGGACCUCAAGGAUUCGGCUGGUUCCCCGACAAGCUCACCCACCUUCGCCCCACACCCGCCAUGACGACGCCAGCAAACAAGAAACAACAGACACGGCAGGUAGAGCAGAUGCACACAACACAACACAACACAACACAGCACAGCACAGGGCAUGGUGUGAUGUCACCCCCUCCUUUGCUUUUGUUUCUGUUUAGGUCCCUGAUGAGUUCAGCGACGACCACCUAGCCUCCGUGUUCAGCUUCAUGGCCCCUCGUGAGCUGUCGACACUCUUCUCACCCCGCUGCCCCAUCCGCACUCCAACGCUUCACCAGCAGACCCACGUCACAAUCGACUGCAGCACGGAUGCCGACCACCGUUUCUGGAGCAAGACGACCAGCAGAGGGGCAUUCCAGCUGGGCAAGCUGCUCGUCACCCUGACAGCGGUCAGCAUCGUGCAGUCGCGCGACGAUAGGUGGUGGUGUCUGGACAAGCUGAUGGCUUUGGUGGAGGGGCACGCGGCGGGGCGUCAGCAGAUGGCUGAGGGCAGUCUGGAGACCAUCGUAUUCACCACAGCCAGGAGACAGACUGCGCGCCGCCCGGCGCCCCUUCCAUGCCUCCCGACCCCUCAUUUCCUCCCCUCAACCCCGACACUCCCAGCCCUCAAGAGUGUCACAGGAGCCGCCAGAGAGCACCGUUUGCUGGCCGGUAGGGGUGGCUGAUGGCUGCGCUCGAGACGGUCGAGCAGGAGGAGUGGGAUGCAGAUGUGCUGGGGCGAUUCAUCAGCUCCUCACGCUCGUUGAAGCACGUCGGGGGGGCUCGGAGGGACGAGGCGUGGGCGACGGCCUUUGAGCAGAUGCAUGCGGGGUCCCUGAGACAGCUGCAGAGCAUCGGGGUGGUCAAGCUCAACAGCCAUCUCGGGAUCCAGCGGCUCCAGGUACCCAUCACACACACUCACAUGUUGGGCAGGCCCCAUUGUGCACGGGUGGUACCUGUCAUGUCCUUUUGUUUGCUUUUAGGUUGCACUCACCUCGCGUGGCUGUGUGAAGUCCCUCAACAGACUCGAGGUUCAGAUUCCAGGGGUCCUCUUCGACGGUGACAUUGGCGACCUGCUGGCAAUGGACACCCUGAUCGACUCGUGCUGUGAGUCGCCCGACGUGGUGCGCACUCGGGGGAGGCUCUGCAGCUUCGAGCUGUCCCACUUCUACUCUGACGACUUCCCCGCUCACGCAUCCCCCUUUUUCAAGACAGCCAUCAAGACGGCGGCGUGCUGCGCAGACGAGGUGAUCUACACGAUAGGCCCGAAUGACUUCACCCACCCCAUUGACACCCCCAGCGAGGCGGCCAUCGAGAUCGCAUCGAGUCUCUCAUUCGACAAGGUGGAGCUCGUGAGGGUCGACAAUGCCAUUUUCUUCGCCCUCCCUGCCGGCACCGGCUCGCCGGUCCCUGACAUCAUCAACCACCUGCCGCACUUCCCAAGGGCAAGAGUGCUGCAUGUCAACGGCCGUCUGGGCGGCGCUGCGGGCCGGCUGCUGGCGCAGAAGAUGCCCAUGGAGGUGGUGAAGGUGGCGUUCGGCAGACAUGUGAUUGCAGAGGACAGGAGGGGCGUGCUGGAGGCGCUGGGGGCGCGGAGGCAGAUGGCCAAGGUCUGUGUGGGUGAAGAUCCGUGGGGUGCGGUCGACCCCUUUGACGGCUGGGGGUCGAAUAGCCUCCCAGCGAUUCACGAGAUGUUCUUAUCAGGUAUGCGGGAGUAUGGUGAGUGCAGGAAGGUGCUUGUUGGUCCAUUUUGUAUGUGCAUCCGCUUUGUCUAUGUGUCGUCAUUCAGUGCCCAAUGGGUUGGGGGAUGCUGCUGCCGCCAACCUCAUCCACGAAGGCCUGUCGACUCUGCUCAACGGUGGCAUGCGGGGCCUGAGACGUGUGGAGGUGCGGGUGCGGCUGGGAGUGCAUGACGCCCUUGGCGAUGCCAUUCAGCAUGGCACGAGCAUCGGCGACUUCACCAUCCAGCAUCGGCGCAGUGGCAACUCGUGGCUCUUGACGGGUGAGAUGGAAUUUCACUUCAAUAUACGUGUGUGUGCGUGUGUGUGUGUUGUGUGUGUGGUCAGGCUGUCUGUCGAGUCACACACAAGACAACAAGACAUCACCAUGAAGAAGGUGUGCCUUCGCCAUGGCUGGUGUGGUGGGGUUUCUGCUGACAUCUGUCUGUGUUGUGCCACACAUUGCGGCAACUGGCUUGGUUGAGUGUCUUCACUACACGCCCAUCCAUCCAUCCAUCCAUCCAUCCAAGCCCUCACACGUGCGUGUGCUGUACACAAAGAGUGGACGUAUGGACGAGAGGGAGAGAGAGGAUGCUCUGUGUGUUGAUGAUACGUGUGUGUGUGUUGGAACCUGCCCCCUGGUUUGCUCCCUCCCUCGUCAGACAGUCCUCACUCUCACUGCCAAUAAAACCAGUGAGGAGACCCACAUGCAGCGGGAUCAGACACUCAGCUUGUGGGCUGCCCAAUUCUUUUGGAGGGACGUCGCAGGCCAGCCACGGAGUGACCAAAUGGACUGCUCGAUGGAC